AUGUCGCUGGACACAGCCUUAGCACAGGCGAAGCGGUCCAGAGACAGCUUCGGCUCGCUGCCGUCUUCGCCCUCCACCUCCGUCCCGUCCUCGCCCAACAAAAAGAAGCACAAGAAGAGCAAGUAUGCAAAUGCACCCUCCUCAUUCGCACACAGUCCUCUCAGCAACGGAAUCAACGGUUUGCCAUCACGGCCCUCCUCAUCGUCAGCGCCGUCUUCACCAUCCCGCAAGCAACUUCCCUCCCCUUCUCACGAGGGGGGCGGUGCCGCAUCCGCUUGGAUCCGAGAUGCGCUCAAGGCAGUCGACCCGCGCAUCCUCGAGUCGCGCGCAGCCCUGCCCAUCACCUCGGGCAAGCAGGCCAUCAUCGAUGCCGUGCGCUCCAGCGACACCGUCGUCAUCCUUGGUGAGACCGGCUCAGGAAAGACUACCCAGAUCCCCCAGUUCCUCUUCGAGGCUGGCUUUGCCUCUCGCCAGCCCGUCCAGAUGAUCGGCGUUACCCAGCCAAGACGAGUGGCCGCAACUUCGCUCGCGCGCCGUGUUGCCGUCGAGAUGGGCCAACCGGAUCCCGCGGUACUUCCGAACGUCAAGGGCAAGGCAAGGACCGCGGCGGGCGGAUUGGUCGGCUACAGCAUCCGUUUCGAGGACCGCACCACCCGCAACACGCGCGUCAAGUUCAUGACCGACGGUAUGGUGCUUCGUGAAAUGAUCGGCGACAUCUCUCCCGUACAGACUUCCAGCUCAGCAAUGACAUCGCAGACAUCUGCGCUGCGCUCAAACCUGCUCCUCAAGUACUCGGUACUCAUCAUCGACGAAGCGCACGAGAGGACCUUGCGAACGGACCAGGUGCUUGGACUGGCCAAGCGCAUCCAACGCGAACGCAAGGCGCUGCGCCAGUCGUGGAUCGCGCGAGGAAAGCCUGCGAACGAGGCCGAGAUCACCGAGCUCAAGAUCAUCGUCAUGUCGGCCACACUCGAUGCCAACCGUUUCGCCGACUUCUUUGCCACGCCCUCUACCGCGCUCAGGGCCAACGCCACCGUAACGGACGCGCGCGCACUCGCAGCCGCCAACACCAAGCAGGAGGUGCCCAUCCUCUACGUCAAGGGCCGCCAGCACGACGUCGCCAUGUUUCACACCGAAGAGCCCGCGCAGGAGUGGACGGAUGCGGCGCUGCGCACCGUGCUGCAGAUCCACGUCUCGCGUCCGCCCGGCGACAUCCUCGUCUUCAUGACGGGUCAGGACGAGAUCGACACGCUCGCGCGCGCGCUCGAGCUGUACUCGUCCGAGCUGCCCGCGUGGGCCGAGGCUGAGUCCAAGCCGACACCCAUGUCGCUCAUGAUCGCCCCGCUCUACGCGGCGUUGGGGCCCAGUGCGAGCUUGAAGGUGUUUGGUCCGACGCCGCCGCGCACGCGCAAGGUGGUGCUGGCCACCAACAUUGCCGAGACGAGUAUCACCAUCCCGGGCAUCGUGUUCGUCGUCGAUUGUGGGCUGGCCAAGGAAAAGGUGUACACGCCCGGCACCGCCGUCGAGACGCUUCAGGUGCAGGAGAUCAGCCAGUCGGCGGCGAGGCAGCGUGCCGGUCGUGCGGGUCGAGAACGCGCAGGCGAGUGCUACAGGCUCUACACGCAAAAGGCGUUUGAGGCGCUGCCGCUCGCAGGCACGCCCGAGAUCGUACGCACCGAUUUGGCGGCUGCGGUGCUGCAGCUGUGCGCGAUGGGUCAGGAUCCAUACACGUUCGACUGGCUCGAUACUCCCGAUCCUGAGGGGCUGCAAGAGUCGGUGCUGCAACUCAUACAGCUCGGCGCACUCGACAUCCACACCCCACCUCCCAACAAGGAAGCCAAGGGCGAGAAGGCGACGGCGAGACUUGUGCUCACCGGCAUUGGAAUGAAGAUGGCCAUGCUGCCGGUGUCGCCUGCCUACUCGCGGUCGCUGAUUGCGGCGGCAGCGCGUGGACCGACCGUGGCGCGCCAGGUGCGCGACCUCAUCGCCGUCCUCUCGUCGGACCGCUCGAUCCUUGUUGAACCGACCGACCAGGAGAAGAGGGAGGAAGCCAACCGGGCCAAGGCGACGUUUGUGCAUCCCUCGGGCGAUCAUGCCACGCUGCUGUGUGUGCUGUAUGCCUACCUGGCCGAGGCGGAUAAGGUGGCGAUGCUGACCAAGACGCGCAGCCAAGGGUCGGCCGAUCGCAAAGUGGUCGAAAAGGAGGGGCGCGAGCAGCUCAAGGCAUGGUGUCAGAACCACUACGUGCACCAAAAGGCGGUCAAGAAUGUGCUGCACAUUCGCAACCAGCUGCGCAACAUUUGCAGGCAGCAAAAGCUUGCAUGCGAUGACGACCAUCCCUCCACCACCACUGCUGAACUUUCGAGCGACGAUUCGAAUUCGGAUUCGGAUUCCGAGUCGGGGGUUGAUCGGGAUGGAUUGUUCGUCACGCACAAGGUGGCGAGCGAGGAGAGGGGCGAGGAAGACGAGAGCUUUGUAGGUAUGCGACAGUCGUUGCUAGAGGGUAGGAUCGCCAAUGCGGCGCUCAAGCAGCCUUCGGCGCCGAAUACGUACAAGCGCAUCACCUCGGCCGCAGGCGCAGGGAGCACGUUCAAGAUCCAUCCGUCGUCGACGUUGCAUCCGUCCAAAAUGGCGCGCGAGCGUGCGAGCCGACAGACGGACGCUAUCCUGUUCGAGGAACUCGUGUUUACCACCCAGACCUUCGCCAGGACCGUCAGCAUCAUCGAACCCGCCUGGCUCCAGGAACUUGCCACGCGCAAGUAG